GAGCGUGCCCUCAUUUGCGUGUCCUCGUUUGCGUGUCCCUCCGCUCCGCCUCGUUUGCGUGCGUCCGGGUUUCCACUCGGGAGCGUCUUCGUUUGACUGUCAAACCAAAGCCGCCGCGUCCUUCUCCUCCUCCGCAUCUCUCAUCCAGUGGAGCGCGCGCACCCGCACGCACGCGCGCACAGCCUCCUCCUCCUCCUCCUCCUGCUGCUGCUGCACCGAAGCAGGACUCCUCCAAACUCCUUCGACCGGCCGCUGUUGUCGCCUUCGAAGCCCCCGUCUGCGUCCUCCAUCAGCCGGCCGCGCGCAGAACUCGACCCGCGGUCCUCCUCCGGUAGGCCCCGACGCAGUAGCAUCAUGGAGGAGUUAGACGUUCCACAGAUGAGGAGAGAAGUGGAAAGCCUUCAGUAUCAGCUGGCAAUCAACAGAGAGAAAUCCUCCAUCACUGUUACCGAGCUGGUGAAGUGGAUCGAGGGCUGUGUUUGUGAAGAUCCAUUUCUGAACCCUGAGCUGAUGAGAGCCAACCCCUGGGUGGAGAAGGGCAAGUGUGUGAUCCUCUAAUGGGGUCACACACACGCAAACAUGUAAACACACGCCCACACAGACACACAUAAACUAAAGAACCAUGCACCCCCGCUGCACUAGCCCCCCUCCCCCUCUCUCUCUCACACAUGCACAUAUUAUUGCUAUCAUGUUUAUUUAUUGGGAGACUCCUGAAUGCUUUUAAUUGGUGUAAAGACGCAUGUGUGUGUGUGUGUGUGUGUGUCUGUGUGUGUGAGCGUGCAGCACUGAGUAGCUUUCUAGAGGUUUGUUUUCAUGGACUGCUGAGAAAUGUUCAACACCACGUUUUUAUUGGCUCUUUACACUGUCGAUCAAAAUAAAGACGGUUUUGAAUUUAA